CUUAAAUAACGAUUGAAUUAAUUGGAUGACUUUGAACACUACCUAGUACCUAGUACUAACCUUAGGUAGGUACUACAUAAGGUACAUGAUAUGGGUACCUAUUAUAUGACCUUCCGAGGUUCAAAAUCUGGAACCUGCACCACAAACCUGCAUGUGGCCAAGUAGCUAACCAUACAUACAUCUAUCCAUUGGAUGAAUUGCAAGUAUUGUAUACAUGUAGUUAUAAGUACUCAUUACUAUCAACUGUUAGGUAUUUUAGUUGUGUCAUGAUCGUUUCAAACUCUCGGGCGUCAUACCUUGAUCUCUUAACCAGGAACCCUGAUCAACGAGCUGAUUACCUCCAUUAUCAUAGGCUUCUUAUGUAACACUGGACCCACGAAACACCAACCGCCUUCCUUAACUUGGAGAUUGUCGGUGCAAGGUGCCGGGAACGUUUGGCGUCCUCUCUCUUUCUCAACAUUUUACCUUUUACUUUUUUUUAUGUACAGCGCGGUACGGUGACGUUGUUGAUUAAUUCUUCUCUUUGCAUUUUGCAUUUUGCACUUACACAAUAAUACCAAGUCUUACCAAACAAGGUUAUACAUCGAAACCUUUAAGCUUCUAAUCAAAUCCCUUAACCUCCAGUCGACCUACACACCUACUUGAGUAGGUAUCAAAUACGAUGGCAUCUCAAGACUCAUUUGGGGAGCUAGGCCUCUCUAUUGUCGGCUUAGGAGCACAGUAUCCUCCAAAUUCUCUAAAGCCAGAUGAAGUAAAUAAGCUGGCCACCAAAUAUUAUCCCGACUCCCCUGCUAUGCAAAAGGUGCUUUCAAUAAACAAGUUCACUGGUAUCGACACUCGUUCAUCUAUUGGCACUUCAGAUCAUCCCGUGGUGAAUCUGCCAGAUGCGCCUUCAAUAGCGGAUCUUCACAAAGUCUUUAUAUCUGAUGGCGUUCCGCUUGCUGUCGAGGCUUCUAGGAAAGCAAUUGCAGAAGCCGGCAUUGAUCUAUCUCAGAUCACUCACAUAGUUUCCACGACAUGCACCGAUAGCGCUAACCCCGGAUUUGAUCAUUAUGUUGCAAAGGGGUUAGGUAUCACGCAGCAAGUAGAAAAGGUUUUGUUGCAUGGGGUCGGCUGUGCAGGUGGAUUAGCGACGCUACGCACAGCGGCCAAUUUAGCACUCGGUCACUCCAUGAGGCGGAAACCCGCAAGGGUCUUAUGUGUUACCCUCGAAGUGAGCACAACGAUGGUCCGCAGCGAGCUAAACAGCAUCAAUGAGCUACAAGAAACCCGUAUCGGGGCUUGCUUGUUUUCAGAUUGUGCUUCCGCCUUGGUCCUCAGCAACGGGAUUGGAGAGCCAACAGCUGAGCCAGUUUAUGAAUUGCUUGGGUGGGAGCACAAGAUCAUUCCCGACACCGAAGGCGAUCUUGGCUUCGACGUGGAUCCGGUCGGUUGGAAGGUGGUGCUCUCGCCAAGAGUACCGAAGCUAGCAACUGAAAUAUUGAGGCCAAGUUUUGUUGAGCUGCUCGAAGGUGUUUCGAGAGUGCCGGUUGAAUGUCGAGAGGCGCAUCACUUUGAUUGGGCAAUGCACCCCGGUGGCUUGACCAUUUUGACGGGCGCCGAAAAAGCGUUGAGCAUUUCUUCAGAGCAUAUGCGUGCUAGUUACGACCGAUAUAUGAAUCACGGAAACUCGAGUUCGGCGACGAUUUUCAGUGUCAUGGAUCGCUUACGAAGGAAAGAAAUGGACGCAAUAGCUCCUGGUGGCCGACCCCGGGAAUACGUUGUCGGAUGCGCGUUUGGGCCUGGAAUCGCUAUUGAGAUGUGCAUUUUGAAACGCAACAUGGGACAUCGUGGAAUUCAAACACCCCCUGAGACCGAUAGCGAAGCUAGCAGAAGCGAUAUUGAUGAGGAGGUGGAUUGGGCCAGCGUCGAGUCUCGAGAAUCGAUCCCCGGCACGCCUGGGUCAGCAAAUCCCCAAAAUGAAGGCAAACUAGCCAUCGUCAAUGACUUGUUCAUUAGCGAAGCGCUUGCUAAUGUUGAAUUGGACUAAGCGGGAAUAAGAAAUUUACACCAUAUCUAUAUCUUUGAAAAAAUAUACCCAAGUCGCAUUCUGAUUGUUGGAUAGAGAUGAGGUUCUCAUUGCUUACCUAUUGCUUACCUAUUAUAAAAUAGUGCUUACACUGGUUACACUGGCGACGUAAUAAUUAUUUUCCCGAGACCAUUCCAGGUUUUCAAUUAAUGAAGCUCAAUAGGCUCGAUCGAUAGCGGUCUCGGACACUAAACCCAAACCAACCUCGGAAGAGAAAGCAAUUCAAUGGGAUGACCGUCAACAAUCAUUGAACAAUGAGGUAAAUUAUGUUUAUUGGUACCUCGGUUAAUUAAAGCAGAUGAAAUCCGAAUCUACUCAUAAGAUAUUCAAAUUUUAUUCUGAUUCUUGUAGGGCUGUGUCAUACAUAACACAAUUGUAUAACAGUAGGUUAGGUACUACUAGUAGUACUGCGUAUAACAGAGUCAAGAUAAAGAGGUCUCAUCAAGGCUUUUAAAUUGGUUGCGGGGCAAGAAACUCGGGGGCUUUUUAUUUACAGC